AUGGCUUACUCAGAGAGAUCCUGUCCGGUUUCGGGCUCCAUGAGAGGAAGAUGUCCAGCUGGUGCUGCUGCUCAAGGCAAACAAAGCAGAGCAAGCAGCCGCAUGGGACCCCGAGGAUGUUCGUUUUCUGGCUUCUCUCAACCGGGCGACAUUCAUGCAGCAUUCGAUAUCCCUCGAGGAGUUGAUGCCGAGGAGUGGCUUCAGCGAAGGUCGAUCAACCAGAUUCUAUACUCCAGCUACCCCUCAGGACAAGAAAUCGACAUGGCCAAGGACCAAGCACAGAUGGACGCCUUUAAUGUCAACGAACAAGACCUGCUAGCCGUCGCCCUUGGAGCGCCAGCGAGACAAGUGAUGCUGAGAGCGGAAGAAAUCGGUUCACAAACAGGCUGGAAAGAUGGAUACCUCAGCACAGAGCACGGCUUUUGCCCACCGGAUUAUGACGAGGCUGCAGGUGCCCUGGCCAGGUCUCCGGGACGUGUGUGGUCUGACCUCUGUGAGAGAAUGCCAGGAUGUGUGUCUCGCGGCCGCGUCAGAGAAUCGAUUGCCGCAGCACCCGUCAUCGAAGGAACCGAGGACGUCAUCCCCGACCAAGCACUCUGGGCCGCGAUAGUCGCCCUGGGAAUACUCUGCUCCAUAUACCGCUUCGAGCAAAAGUAUGACGGGCAUGAUGGAGUGAACGCCACAACCAGCCCGUCAAAACUGAGGCUGAAUUGCAAGAUGGGUGACUACCUUGGAGAGGAGUUAGUGGGAAUUCCUCUCAGCAUUGCUUUACCGUACUUUCAAGUAUCUCGUCGAAUGGGUAGAACACUACCGCAUCUCACAUUUGUCGACCAAUCUUCCUACAACCUCAACAUCAAGGAUGUCACUUCGAGCUAUCCUUACCUUGCACGUUUCGACAACAUCGAACUGAGAUGGCCAAUGUUCGGCGAACGUGCCGAGGUGGCAUUUUUGAAAGGAGUUGCAGAGACAUCUGCUUCUUUUCAACACGGCCCUGAUGCUAUUGCUGCUUGCCAAGAGCAUGUCAUGAACCGCAACAUCGAGGGUCUUCUUCAUGAAAUGAUCCGACUGAAGGAAAUCCUCGAGCGCAUGCCUAAUGCUUUUCAUUCCAUUUCCACAAACCCCAAUGCGGGCGAAAACUAUGUUCCCGUUCAACAAUGGGUCCGCUGGGCCAAGUUCUCUGCGCCCCUUUCAAAGCGAUGCCCUGCCUCUUCCGGCUUGCAGUUCCCGCCGUAUCUGGUGAUGGAUGCAUUUUUGGGCAGAAAGAAACGAAAAGGAGUCCACCUUCGUGCUUGGCUCCCAUCCAACCUGCGCGCCUUCAUUGCAGCCAUCGAGUACCACUACCGUGUUCCCGAGUUCGUUCAGCAAUCUGGGGACCCCCGCUUGAUGGGUGUUCUUGAUGGCAUUGUCGAAGCCUACACUGGCGAGCGAGGCUUUAUGGGUGUUCACCGUUACAAAGUCUUUGGAAUUCUCGAGGUUGCAGCUAAAACUGGUCGUACUGAGACCAACGGCGCAUCAGGAGCCGCCGACGGCGAGCGCCCAUGGGAAGAGACUCACCGUCAAUUCUCCGAAGCCAUGAAGGAACGACUUGAACCUUACCGAGGGGCUCUGCCGGUUGAGCCGCACCAAAUGCGAGGCACUUUUGAAGAGUGCCGCUACGUCAGCCGGGUCUUGAGCAGAUCAUUUGUCGAUUCUGAUCCAGCACGCUCUAUUGCAAUGGCCACACUCGAUAUUCGGGAAACUGGAAUCACAUUUGCACCUGGAGACCGCUUGGCAGUGAUGCCCCUGAACAGCUGGGAGGAAUGCGCCAAAGUGAUCGCCGCUCUCGGCUUGGAGGAGCAUAUCGACGCCCCUGUUGAUGUUACCGGAACAUGGGCCCGGUUUGAAAUGCACCUAGGCUCAGUAAGGAGAACUGCUACACCCAAGCUGACUAUAGGCGACAUCUUGCGACGCGGCCAUCUGGCUCCCAUUACAAAAGAUAUGGCCCUCAAGAUCCAUGGCAUGCUCCACGCCUCCUCCAACACCGUCUUACAGGUCUUGAGCACCGAUGAGUGGCCCGUCAGGGGCUCUUUGGGUGACCUUUUACAGGAUGCCGUCACAGACACUCCGCCCCAGAUCUGGGACCGAGUCUUCAAUCUUGAGAACGUAUCUUGGCUGGCUGAUCUCGUCCCUCUCGAGGUCCCGCGCACCUACUCUAUCGCAAGCUACACUGAGGAACUCCUUCCUGAGACUGUUGAUUUGGCGGUAUCUCGCUCCGAGUAUAAGUUGUGCUCGACCUUUGCCAAGAACAGCGAAGUCUCCCGUGCAGGCGUUGCCAGCGGCUUUCUCAACCCUCCUGUAGAGGUGGAAGAAAUCGACUCUGAUGAUGAGAUCCUUAUCGGUGUUUCUAGGCCAGCUGCCUUUCAACUUCCUCUGGACUCCAUGGCUCCUUGUGCCUUCUUUGCUGGCGGUAGUGGUAUUGCACCUUUCCGAAGCUUCUGGCAGGCUCGUCUCGCCCAAAGUGGUCUAUCAGGGGGCAAGAACUUGCUGUAUCUCGGCGUUCAGUCACGGGAGAAGUUCUGUUUUGAAGAAGAGCUGAGGCAAUACGUUGAUGCGGGAUUUAUGGAGGUUCAUAUCGCAUUCUCAAGAGACUCUCGAGGGUUGGCUUACGAUGGCCGGGACCUCGUUGAGAAGCAUAUUCCCCCUCGCUACAUCGAUACUUUGAUUGUCGAACAAGGUGCUGCGAUUUGCGACCUUGUAAUGUCCAAGAAGCAGGGCGGUCUUGGUGGCUAUCUCUAUAUCUGCGGCUCCGUUGCCGUUUUUGACUCUGUCAUGAAUGGCAUCCGCAAAGCUAUUUACACCUACAGAACAGCUACCGAAAGCGGCGUGGAUACCAUUGUCAACAAGGCAUUUGCCGAAAGACGCUUCAUGCUCGAUGUGUUCAUGACACCUAAGCCACUGCCAUGCACACUACCGACUAUUCCUCUGUCCCAGCUGGCACUCCAUACAGGUCAUCGUCCCGGAUCACGCAUGUGGAUUGGAGUUCACGGAAGCGUCUACGAUGUCACCGACUUCUGUCCUAUGCACCCAGGCGGGACUCUUAUCAUCAAGUCGAACGCCGGUGUCGAUUGCACCAAGUCAUUCGACAACCUCGCCCACACCAACAAUCCCGAAGUGUCCAGUCUCCUGACAAAAUACUUUGUCGGCCACUUGACCCCUAAGCCCGACUACGGCAGUGACGAGAUCUCAGCCCUCCACGACCUCUGGUCAGCCUACCUCAGAACUACAGUCGAAACGCUUGUUGCUCAUCAGUUCGAAAUGUACGAAAUCAUGGGAGCGUCUCUAGAGACAUCUUCCUCUCACGACCCUGCUGGAAGCAACAACAUUUGGCUCCGCGAAAGCCUGCCCAAUAUCAUCGCCGUCCGAACCUUCUACGGGUACCAGUCGCGUCUUCUCCAAGGCGGCUUCGCGGCUCUUUUCGGCCCCAAACUCCAAGAACUUGUCCUAAAACUCUCCUUCGUCGUCGCAAGCGCAAACGGCCCCGCCGCCGAUACCAAACUCCCCGAUGUCCUCGGCACCGUCGCCCGCGCAAAGACCAGCGGCGACGCGGCAACCUGCACCAAGGAAGUAGCACUAGUCGGCCAGUUUGUCUGCGACGCAGAUGCGUCUCUCCGCUUCCAAGAACGCGGCGUAUUCGCAUACGCCGCCCGAAGCGUCGAGUUGGACAUUGCCCUACUGGAAGACCUCCGCCAAGAGGCCUGUAACGGCAUGGACGCCUUCGACAGCAUCGCCGACUCCAUCAAGGACUCCUCGGAUCCGGACGUCGAAAACGCCCGACUCACCGCGCUCUCCACUUUCCUCCUCCAAGUCCUCGAGCGCAUGGCGAGACACUUGGAGAUCUUCUACACGCAACUCGCGCGGUGCUCAGUCUACCAACCGCAGCUCGAGAAGAACCCGGCCCGCACCCGCUGGGCCCUCGUCCGCCGACGAAUCCGUGACGGCAGCCUCUUCGUCCUGGCGACCAAGGCUGAGCUCUCUUCGAACCUCCUGAGCCAGCAGCAACAUCAGCCCUAUUACAUGUCGCGCGCCAACCCUAAUCAGAACAUUGACUUUGACCGAGUCAUGGCGCAGGUGCAAGCGAGCCUGCGACAGGACGUUUCGUCGUCGUCAAUGAAUCCCGCUCACAUGUCAAGUCAGCAGCAGCAACCUCUGACCCUCAACGCAGUACACCAGGCCCGAGGCCGGAGCACGGGUGAUGUCAGCGCGGUCGCGAGUCGCGAGAACGCUGAUGCUCUCAGAGCGAUGAACAGUUUCGUCGAGAAGAACAGCCGUGCAAUAAGGCGGCUGAGCAAGAUGCCCGCCGUGCCGAUGAACUUUGACGACAUCCAGCGAGCCGCGCUCCUGGAGAUGUCACAAACCGGCGGCGGCGCCGGCGGCGUGAACGGCGGCAUGUUGUCGCCGCCUGAGAUGGCAGGCGAUAUGCACAUAGACACAUUGCAGAUGAGGAAAGGCGGGAGCAACAGGAUCCUGCCGACGCCGCCGUCGAGCCGCGGUUCAAGUCGUUCGCCUACGAGAUUCGGCCAGUCGUUUGCCGUCGGAGGCAGGCCUGCCGCUGAGAUGCUCCUCUCCAAACUCAACCGACCACGCGGGGCAUCGCUUACUCGGGGAGCAGCAGCACCACCAGCGUCGUCAUCGGGCGCGAACCCGCACGCUGCGCCGUAUCCCGUAAUCGGAUCACAGGCCCCGUCGCCGAGUCACCCGGUUGUUGACGCGCAGACGGCGCUCAACUCGAUGAUGAGCCGCCUCAACACGAGACCUCGAAGCGGGUCCGCUGCUGUGAUGUCUGCGAAUAGCAACAUGCACACCCAACCGAACGGUCUCACGCGCACGCGGUCACUGAUGAGCAUGGGCAGCAGCGGAGGGAGAGAGGGCAGAGGACAGCAUGUGCCGCGGGCGUCGACGAGCUCGCUACGCGCGUUGAAGCUGCGGAGCGUGAUGGAGCAGAGCGAGGAGAAGGUUGCGCCCACGUUUUGA